AUGCCACCACAUAUCUAUACUGUAGCCGAUCAAGCUUACCAUGACAUGCUUCAGGACAAGGAAAAUCAAUCUAUAUUGAUCACUGGGGAAUCAGGGGCCGGAAAAACAGAAAAUACCAAAAUAGUGAUACAAUAUUUGACAGCUGUUGCGAAUACAAAAAAAGACAACAAAUUAGAACAACAAAUUUUACAGGCAAAUCCAAUCUUGGAAGCUUUCGGGAAUGCUCAAACGAUUAGAAACAAUAAUUCAUCACGUUUUGGUAAAUUUAUUCGUAUAGAAUUUAAUAUGCAAGCUCAAAUCGCUGGUGCUAACAUUGAAUGGUAUCUACUCGAAAAAUCACGCGUCCAUCAACAAUCUCCAAAAGAACGAAACUAUCAUAUAUUUUAUCAACUGCUGAAUGCUGAUGAAUCUAUCAAAGAGCAAUUACUUUUAGGAGGUGGUCGACCUUCAGAUUACGGCUUUACAAGAGAUUCCAAUUCCGUGAUUGAAGGUGUCAAUGAUGCUGAUGACUUUAAAACUCUUAUGAAUUCUUUAGAUAUUAUGGGGUUGGAAUAUAAUGACCAAUUGGACUUGUUUCGAAUCAUUGCUGCUGUAUUACAUCUUGGAAAUAUUGUAGUGACUCCUGAUUAUCGAGGUGAUCGUGCGGAUAUUCGUGAUUUUACAUCAGUAGAACGUGUCUGUCACUUGCUUGGCAUUCCUGCUCAAGAUUUUAAAAACAGUCUACUGUCUCCUCGUAUCAAGGCUGGACGUGAUUGGGUUAAUCAAUCAAAAUCUCCUUCUCAAGUGAAAGCAAGUUUGGAAGCUUUAGCAAAAACCCUUUAUGAACGAAAUUUUGCGAGUCUUGUGGAACGUGUCAAUCAUGCGAUCGAUGGCAAGAAAUCAUCAGACAAGUUGGGUUUUAUUGGUGUCUUGGAUAUCGCUGGUUUUGAAAUCUUCGAGGUCAAUAGUUUUGAACAACUUUGUAUCAAUUAUACAAAUGAAAAACUUCAACAAUUUUUCAAUCACAAUAUGUUUGUUUUGGAACAAGAAGAAUACCAAAAAGAAAAAAUCAAUUGGUCUUAUAUUGACUUUGGCCUGGAUUUACAGCCAACAAUUGAUUUGAUUGAAAAGACUAAUCCUAUUGGUAUAUUAUCUUGCCUUGAAGAAGAAUGUGUGGCUCCUCGUGGAAAUGACAACCGAUUUUUGGAAAAACUAAGCAAGAUUUGGGAUAAUGGUGAAGCUGAUUCAAAGUACAAAAGCACCCGAUUCAAGGAUGGAUUUAUUGUGAAACAUUAUGCUGGUAAUGUUGAAUAUUCGACAACUGGUUGGAUCGAUAAGAACAAGGACCCUUUGAAUGAAGAUAUCACCCGAUUAUUGGCUCGUUCAAACCAGCGACACGUAGCUGGCCUUUUUGAAGAUUACCUUGGUGAUUCUAAUGUUGACAAAGACAUGUCAUCUUCCUCAUCACUCUCUUUAUUCAAAUUACGUAAAGGUGGCGGCUCUUUCCGAACAGUUGGACAACGACACAAACAACAGCUCCUCUCUUUGAUGAAUACCUUGUACAUGACACAUCCUCACUUUGUUCGAUGUAUCCUUCCUAACAACCGAAAACAUUCUGGUGAAAUUCAGCCAAAUCUCGUCUUGGAUCAGCUUCGUUGUAACGGUGUAUUGGAAGGCAUUCGUAUUUGCAGAAAAGGUUAUCCAAAUCGACUUACUUUUGCCGACUUUAGAAAACGAUAUGAAAUUCUAUGCCCCAACGUUUUGAAGCCAAAUCAAUUCAUCGAUGGUCGAAGUGCUUGUCAACUACUACUCGAUCAGAUGGAAUUGGAACCUGAAAAAUAUCGAAUUGGAACAACAAAGAUCUUCUUCAAAGCCACAGUGUUAGCCGAAUUAGAAGAAGUCAGAGAUAAACGAUUAGGGGAUUAUAUCACCGAUUUUCAAGCCUAUUGUCGAAGAUUUAUUGCCCGUCGUCACCUUACAAGAUUCGCCAGACAAACUGAAGCAAUCAAAGUUAUGCAACGUAACGCUCGUAUUUAUGUUACUCUUCGUGAAUGGCCUUGGUGGAAAAUGUAUGCCAUGUUAAAGCCUCUCAGUGAAUUCUACGAAACCGAUGCUCUCCUCAAAAAACAAGAAAAGCAAAUCGAAGAAAUGAAAGAACAAUUGGAAGCGCAACAGCAACAAAUCAAUCUUCUCACCGGCCGAAACAAACAAUUAGAAUUGGAACAAGAAGAAUACAAGGCACUUUUGGAAAGCGAACAAUCUAUAUCAAGGGAUUUACAGGAUAGCAAACAAAGCCUUUUAGAAGAAGUGACGAAUGUGGAAGAACGCAACGAGGAACUUGUGGUAGCAUUGGAUGAAGCACGGGAUCAAAUCGACUCUCUGAAAAGCCAACUGGAAAUCUGUCAACAAGAAAACAUUGCUCAAGGGACUAUGAUUGCUACUUUACAUCAAGAUAUUCGUGAUUGUAGUGAUGAUAACGAUAAAUUGGCUGCAGAAUGCGAAAAAUGGACCUCAGACUAUGCAAGUUUACAAGAAAGUGAACAAGCUUUGAAGGAUCAAGUUAUGGAAAAAAAUCAGCAAUUGUCUGCCUUGAAAGAUGAACAUAAGAUACUGUUAGAAGAUCAUCAAAAGGAUACUUCAGAUACACAACUCAAACUAACAGCAUUACAAGAAGCAUUGUCCAAUUGCAAAGCAGAAUUAGAAAAUGAAACCAAAGCCAGACAACAUGUGGAACAACGAUGUAAUGAAUUAGAAGAUCAGUUGGACAGUAUAAGGAAAACUCUUGACAUGGAAUCAACACAACGGCAAGAAUGGCAGAUGAAGAAUCAAACUUUACAAGUUGACUGGGAAGAUCUGACCAAACUGGUGAGAUCAGAGGCUGAAGAAACGAGAUCACGAGCUGCAAGGUAA